ACCGUCCACAUAUUUCGCGGGAAAAAAAGAUUCCCGGCUCUUAUUCAUCAAAAAAUGAUAGAAUUUCCUCUUUGAGCAAUAAAAUUCAGAAAAAAAAUUACAUAAGCUUAAAGAUUCUGUCAGAUUCAUGGUGCUAGUUAUCGUUGAGGGGCCCAAAACCUCUUCUCUCCGUUCACGCCUUCCACAACAACCAACAAGGAAGGGUUUCGUUCUUGUAACUCGAAUUGGCGUCGAGUGAAGUGAAGGGCUUCAAAAACCAGAGGGAAACUAUGAGCAAUCUCAGAACCCUAUGUAGACCUCAGACGGUGUUCUCUUUCAUUAGUUUCCAACACCAAUUUCGUUCUAGGGUUUCCUUUCGAAACCCUAAUUGCAAGCCCCGUUUGUCAUCGCCGUUUCUGUAUUCUACAAUCGCUUCCCGGGGUUCCAAUCCCUGGUUUCGCGUGAACCAGAGGAGAACCGUAGCCAAGGCAACAAACUGGGCGGAACAAAAAUCCCCAUAUGAAACUCUCGAAUUGGAAGGAGAUGCCGAUGAUGAGCAGAUAAAGAAUGCUUACAGACGCUUGGCCAAAUUCUAUCAUCCAGAUGUCUAUGAUGGCAGAGGAACCCUUGAAGAAGGUGAAACAGCAGAAGCUAGAUUCAUCAAAAUUCAAUCUGCUUAUGAAUUGCUUAUAGAUAGGGAGAGGCGAAGACAGUAUGAUAUGGAUAGCCGGGUCAACCCCAUGAAGGCAUCUCAGGCAUGGAUGGAGUGGCUUAUAAAAAAGCGAAAAGCUUUCGAUCAGCGGGGUGAUAUGGCAAUUGCUGCUUGGGCUGAGCAGCAACAGCGCGAGUUAAAUCUUCGUGUGCGUCGACUUUCUCGUUCAAAGAUUGAUCCAGAUGAAGCAAGGAGGAUUCUGGCAAGAGAAAAGAAGGCUUCAGCUGAAUAUUACUCGAAUACCCUUAAAAGGCACACCCUUAUACUGAAGAAAAGAGAUUUGAUGCGAAGAAAGUCUGAGGAAGAAAAGAAGAAGACUAUCAACCGGCUCUUGGCAGCAGAAGGUCUUGAGCUUGAUGAUUCGGAUAGUGAUGACGCACUGUAGUCAACAUGGGGCUCUGUUUCCACAUACCAAUACCUAAUAUUUGAUCAAUACCUUGAUGCUUCCUCGGCGAAUCUAAUUAUUUUUUUUAUUAUUUACAAAAGAUAUAUGUACAUAUAUUUUGUUAUUUCCAGUCUCAAAUGAUAUUUUAGAUUUUCAGUUAUAGCUCAAUACAAUGAUGAUCUUAAAGUUGGA